AUGGCGAACCAAGCCACAUCCAGCCAGCGACCCUCGACCGCAAAGGUCACUACCACCAAUACAGCCCCAGCGACCACCAGCAAUGCUGGCCGAAAAAGACGUUCGUGCCUGAUGUGCAGUAAGAGGAAAGUGAAGUGCGACAAGCAAAAGCCAUGCAUCUGCUGCGUCAAGGCUGGGAUUGAAUGCGUCUUCCCGGUCACCGCUUCGAGCCGGGCGGAGAUCGGAGGCACCCCGGAGCUCGUCGAAAUGCUUCAACGGCUUGAAAAGGCUGUACAGACAUUGGGCCCGAGGAACUCUGGGAAUACCGAAGGCGAAGCCACACUACGUCCAGGGCAUGAUUCAUCCUCUCAUGAUGACCGUCAAAUCGAUCCGAGGCAAUCCUUGGGCCCUAUCACCGCAACGGGGGAGCCAGCAACUGAAGCUGGCGCCCAAAUAUGCGAUCAGGAGAACGCAGUUGAAGUCGAGAGUACGAUCCAAGGUCAAAGGCCACAUGGCAAAGCUCCAAGUAUAUCAUCCAGCCACGCGGAGAGUCCCGGUAAGAUUGUUCGGGACCAUGGUCGAGACACGUACGUGAGACGCUGGUUCUGGGACGACGAAAACAAUGGGAUGGAAAGUGGCUCUCUGUCAGACACGGACAGCGACGAUAUGCGUCAGGACCAGGAUCCGAACCAAAAUGCCUCGACGAGCCAACACCCCGAAAUAAUAGGCAGCUCGAGAGAAACGAUCAUUCAGAUGGUGUCAAAGCAUAAAAUACAUCUUUGGACCAUCUACAAAGAAAGAGUCGAGCCAUUGACGAAGCUGUUGCAUCUACCGUUACUAGAACAUACCCUUAUGGAAUCGGAUCUAUUGGACUCUCCCGAUAGCAAGCAGUGCGUUCGCUUAGCAGUCUACUACGGCGCCGUAACCAGUUUGAGCGAAGAGGAAUGCGUCAUCAAAUUCGGUAACGGCCAAGCGCAAGUCUUGUCACGCAUGCGCGAGGAACUGGAAGGACUGUUUGCCAAGGCCUUGCUGCUUCAUACCGGCGACAUCCGACCCCUACAGGCCCUGACUUUAUACCUCGUGUUUCUUCGACACCACGAGCCGCGACUUUCAUGGAAGCUAUCAGGCUUGGCUAUCAGGCUGGCCCAGAACUUUGGACUGCACCGAGAAGACAGCUUUCGUGGGCUCACGAAAUUCGAGAUGGAGAUGCGUCGGAGGCUGUGGUGGCAACUGGCUACCAUGGAUGCGCCGUCAGCAGAGGAUUACUCUGGGGAAUACAACUUGCUGGAGAUGAGUAGUUUUGAUACCCGUCCUCCCCAGAACCUAGACGACGCACAACUCAAUCCUACGAUGACAGAAUACCCACCGGAACCCAAAGGCAUCACUGAAAUGACAUUUACACUGGCUAGUUGUCAAAUCACUAGCAUGUACCGCUGCAUAGCUGACUCUAGGAGGAUGUGCGGCAACACGGGUAAAGGCUACGGUGAACUCACGCCUCAGGAACGGGCAGACUGGAUUGAGGCUUGCGAGUCCAGCUUCUCUGAGAGGUUCCUCAGAGACUGUUCUCCGACAAAUCCUUUUCACUGGAUGCUCUUCCACAAAGUCAGACUGCACGGAUGCAACCCCCUUCAAGACGCCGGAGCCAUGUUGGAAGAAACCCGCGAAAGACUUUUUCUCGUCGCAGUCGAAGUCAUUGAGCUCAAUUACAAACUUCGGACUGAUCCGCGGACACGCCCAUGGCUCUGGCUCUUCAGCUCUUACACUCAGUGGCAUGCAUUCUCGCUGGUGCUCGUGUGGCUACGGACGAAACCACUGUGUCGGAACUCCCGCCGAGCAUGGGAAGCGGUGGAGAAGGCCAUCGUGCUGCGAUGGGAGCACCCCGCCUCACUUCUGAAUGGCAGGAGACCCCAGCAGUGGCGAUCCAUUAUCAAGCUGCUGGAAAAAGCACGCUCCGCACGACAAGAGGCUCUGACAACCAUACCGGCGAUCGCAAACCACUGCCAGGCCGACUGUAGCAAGUGCAACUGGUCCUCCAAGUCCUCCAGCUACUACAACCAACGCCUCGUCUUCGGCGACGCAGCUCAACGACAUAUUUCAAAGUCCUUGGCAUCUUUCGAGCCAUGA